AAUAGACAUUGCUGACAAACUGACAAACACUACAGUACAAAUCCCAAUGACAGCCAUUCAAAGAGCCUGAAUUAGCAAAACUGAGGGAGAAUAUUGCAGAAAAAGAGCAAGGAAAUGAAACAGGAAGUCACCAUAAUGGAGGACGGUAUUCAAGGCCAUAUGGCACCUACUGUGGUCUCCAUGUUGAAGAUCAAGAAUGAAAGCAUUCGAGUGGUCCUGGCAGAGACCCUCUGCACAUUCAUCAUGAUGGUUUUCGGCCUUGGCUGUGUUGCACAAGUGGUCACAGGAAAUGGAUUUUUUGGAGAGUACCUCAGCAUAAAUGUAGGCUUUGGGCUGAGUGUGGCUAUGGGUGUGCACAUUGGUGGAAAAGUGUCAGGAGCUCAUAUGAAUGCAGCUGUUUCAUUCACAAUGUGCGUGUUUGGCCGUUUACGCUGGAAGAUGCUGCCAUUAUAUGUCUUAGCCCAGUUUCUGGGUUCCUUCCUUGCUGCUGGGACCAUUUUUUCACUUUAUUACGAUGCUAUACAUCAUUACUGUGGGGGCAAUUUCACUGUGUCUGGCCCCAAAGCAACAGCUGGGAUCUUUGCCACAUAUCCAGCACCUUACAUCUCAAUCUACACUGGAUUCUUCGACCAGGUUCUGGGCACCGCCAUGCUGUUGCUGUGUCUGAUGGCUCUGUCAGACCAGAGAAACCAGCCGGUUGUGGCAGGAGGUGAGCCUGUGGGAGUGGGGCUCGUGGUGCUGCUCAUUGGUGUCUCUCUGGGGAGCAACAGCGGCUAUGCUAUCAAUCCCACCCGAGACCUGGGGCCAAGAGUCUUCACACUGAUGGCAGGAUGGGGCAUGGAGGUUUUCAGGGCAGGCAAUGGAUGGUGGUGGGUACCCUUGGUAGCCCCCUUUAUUGGUGGAGUGACUGGGGCUUUAAUCUACAAAGCAUUUGUAGAGCUACACCACCCUGAUCUUAAGAGCACUAAGACACAGUCUACAGAAGAUCCUGAAUGUGUUCCUCUGGAAAAGUACAAGAAUAGCACUACAGAGAUAUCUGUGUGAGACCUGCUUAAGUUAAGGACAAAGAAUGGUUCAGGGACCAAAUAAGGAAAGUGCAAUUUCCACCGAGUGCAGCUGGGAUGUUUCCAGGAAUAACAUGAGACACGGAUACCAGUCAAAAAGGCUAUGGGGUGAAUUUCUCAGGCCAACUUUCUCAGUCCACGGUGUACUACCACCUUAUGAAUUAUAGAGGAAUAAGCUAUUGAAGAAUCUCAGGACUCCAUGUCCAUGUUUGAUCUUUAAUACAUUUUUUGCACACAGACUUAUGGGCAUCAAAAGAUGAAAUUAAACUGCUUAAAUCAGGAUAAAUGCCCAGCAUUAGCCAAAAGAACAGUCAACAUGCCUGUAUGAGAACAGUCAAUGGGCAUUUGUUGGGACAGCGGGGUCAUCGUUUAGUCACGCUGUGUCUCCCCGAGGCCCCCUGUCCUUUAGCUGUACUUCCGCCGCUCGCUGGGACCUGUGCUGGCUGCUUCUUCUUGGGAGUGGGUGGCUUGGCCUUGCCGCGGAACGCCUUGGCUGGGUCCAGCUUGUUCAGUAAAGGUUCACUGGAUGUAUCAAGAUGGAGAUCACCAUAGAACGUCAGGGGUUGGUAGAGAGCAGCCCAUUGCUGUGUCAAGAAAGCAAUGGAGAACUUAAAGUUGCUUUGUAGCAGUUGAUUACAUAAUGAAACUGUGAACAUACACUACCGUUCAAAAGUUUGGGCUCAUAAAUUUUUUUUUUUUCAACGAAAUUAAUACUUAUAAAGGACACAUUAAAAUUAAUAAAAAGUGGUCGGUGCCAAUAGCCUCGUGGGCAGAAUGACAACAUAUAGCGCAGUUGCGCUUCAGGCGUCCUGACUUCGAGUCUCGGCUCAUGGACCUUUCCCGAUCCUGACGCCCCCUCUCUCUCUCCAACUUUGCUUCCUGUCAACUUACUAUCUUGUCAUAAUAAAGGCAAAAAUGCCAAAAAUAAAUCUUAAGAAAAUGAUAAAAAGUGAUUUAUAUUUCAAAUAAAUGCUGUUCUUUUCAGAGUUUUCACAAAAAAUAUUGAACAAAACAUUAGGAAGCAACUGUUUUCAAUAUUGAAAAUAAUAAAUGUUUUUGAGCAGCAAAUCAGCAUAUUAGAAUGAUUUCUGAAGGAUCAUGUGACACUGAAGACUGGCGUAAUGAUGCUUUUCCAUCACUGGAAUAAAUAAAGUUAUUUUAAAUUGUAAUAAACUUUCACUAUAUUACUGUUUUACUGUCGAUUUGAUCCAAAAAUUCAGCAUUUGUGAGCUGUGAGCAUAAGAGAGUUCUCUCAAAAACAAUAAAAAAUCUUAUCAAACCCAAACUUUUACUACAAGCGGUAGUGUAUUACAAAGAGGCCUUCAAAUGUAUUUAAAACAGGCCAUUUAAAGUCAAUAAAGUGAUUGUUACUUUAUACUUGUUUGUGUAUAUUAAAUAAAUUAUCCAGAAUAAAAUAAGGAAGCUAAA